AUGCUUUCCUCAAUCAAGGAAAACUCCAACCUCAAAGAGGAGAACAACAACAAUGGGUUCCAAGUUGACCUUGAAAAUCCCGGGUCUUUGGACCAGAAGGCCGAAGCCCAUAAUGGGGAUUCGGUCCGGUCUGACGAUUCAUCGAGUGAGACUCCUCCCAUCAAGACCCUCAAGAUUGAGCGCAGUCUUCGGCAAUUCGAACUAUGGCUGGGUCGAAAAUUCCACAUUGAGACUCGAGGAAUUGAACGGGUAAAGGAAGAAGAUAAGCAGCCACCACCUCUUCGAAACACAUUCCUCAUGUGGUGGAGUAUGUUUUGCAACCCUGGAGGCCUCCCCAUAGGUGUCCUCGGAGCGCAAUGGGGGCUUUCUCUACAGGAGUCGGUAAUUGCUACUAUUGUCGGUACCAUUAUAGGGGCACUCUUGGUUGCAUGGUGUGGUGUACUGGGCGCAAAGCUUGGACUGCGUUCCAUGGCGACUUGCAGAUACUCGUUCGGCUAUUAUGGUGCUAAAGUCAUAUCUAUCUUGAACUUGCUCUUGGGUAUCGGGUACGCUGUCAUUAGUACCACCGUCUGCGGCCAGUUACUCCCUGCCGCCGCAGACUACAGAAUCUCGACCAGCGUCGGCAUCUAUAUUGUCUCCGCCUUGUCCCUCUUUAUCUCUUUCUUCGGCUUCUCACUUAUCCACAAGUUCGAGAGUUACUCAUGGAUACUUGCAUUUAUACUUUUCUGUGUCCUCCUUGGACAAACAGUGCCACACUUGACCUCCGAAAUGAUACAGUUUAAUCCUCACCGAGAAGGCUUCGCACCUAUUUUCCUGUCAUACACAUCGUUCACCGCAGCGGGUACAUCUGGCUGGGCUACAGCCAUCGGCGACUACUACUGCCAUUACCCAAAGUCAGCUCCUCACUGGAAAAUCAUGUUAUUGACCCUCCUCGGGUUUUCCGCUUCGUCUGCCUUUGUGGCCAUUGUCGGGUCCUGCGUUGGACUUGUUGCCAUUCAUGGGGAAGCCCACUUCCAGGAAUCAUAUGCCAUGCAUGGCUUGGGAGGAAUCGUAGCGGAAAUAUCACACCCUGUCGGAUGGUCCAAGUUCCUGGUUGUCAUGAUGCUAUUCACCGUUAUCGGAGGCUUGAUCGCAAACUACUACUCCGCCGGCCUGUCAAUUCAGAUCUUGGGUCAACACUUCCGCUACAUCCCACGUUUCAUCUGGAGUUUGCUCAUCGCGGUGCUCAUCACUGUGCUCUCUUUGCUGGGCAAAGAUCACAUUGUUGAGCUGGUUGGAAACCUUGGAAAUAUGCUUGGAUAUCUGACCGCCGGUUACUCCGUCAUUGUGUUCAUCGAGGACCAAUGGUUCAGGAGGCGAGAUGGGUACGACUUGCAGGCGUGGGAUAACAAAAACGGGCUUCCAUGGGGUGUGGCAGCCGUGGGAGCAAUGGCUGUGUCCUACGGUACUGGCGCUGUCCCCGGAAUGAACACAACCUGGUAUAUCGGGCCCAUUGCUGCCAUGUUCGGCAAUCCAGCAGGUGAUGUAGGUCUUAUUCUGAACACCGUCUUUACUGCCUUUACCUACUUUAUCUUCCGGACUAUCGAGAAAAGGUUUGUUGGACGGUAG